GUUCUCUCCGCAGUUCCGUGUGCGGUGUUCCGGAGGUUUCUUCCUUCUGUAGCGGGUGGAAAAAUAUUACCUUUUUCAUUUCAUGUAUCUACGGCAGAGCACACUGAAAGAAAUCUUGAGCCACGAACACAAACCGCGUGUCAGAUUGUCCUUUUGCCUUGCACAUGAACAGUCGUUACCUUGCCGUUUUGGCUUUUUUUGCGUCAUGGUAGUAUCAGCUGGUAGAGGGAAGGCUCUUCUGUUAUAUUUUCUCAGUAUUGUGGCGAACGAGGUGAUCACAUCAGCUUACCAGCUGGAACGUGUGAGACAUCCACUGAGAUAAUCUUUGCAGAACUCCUCGCAUACUCCAUCGAUGAAACGGCGAAGGUGAUAUGAGGUGGAAGCUGUUGUGAGCACUGGAUACAACCUGUAGCUCCUAGCUUUGGAAUGACAUCUGUGAGCCACUGGCAAAUAGACGAUAUUGACGAUGCUUUGGCUGCUGAUUUCGAUGGCAGCCUUUCUGGCUUGGGCAUGGAACUGGGAACAGCCUCUUUUAACAUGAGUGAUGCUCUUCUGGCUCUCCCGAGCUUGUCGUCAGUCAAACAAGAAAUGCCCAGAGACAAUGGCUACAGUUUGUCUGAUACACUGCGCAUCAUAUCCAACAGCGAAAGUGGCAGCACGUUGCUGAACAGUGAGAAUUCACGUUCCCUGGUUCACGGUAAGAAGAACCGUCUGCCGCACAGUGGGGAUGACGAUGUCAGUGGUGCCAUCAAGCGCUUUUGUGUCAGCACAGGGCGGGAGCCCCAUGACACUAGUCCCAGCCAUUGCAGGCACAGUUCGUCAGCUCCCGACCUCCGGCUAGCAGUGUACCAGCCGGGAGGGGGACUUCCUGGAACUUCGCCCUCGUCGAGCAGUUCCUUGCCCCUGCACGUGCUGCCUGCUUCGCCUGCGUCACCCCCUGUGGGAGCUACCGGAGGGUUCCAGUACGUUCUGGGUGCAGCAACAUCAAUUGCAACAAAGUUGCAUGAGGAGACCAUGACCUACCUCAACCAAGGCCAGUCCUACGAAAUCAAGCUCAAGAAGCUCGGAGACCUCACAGAAAUGCGGGGGAAGAUGCUCAAGAGCAUCAUCCGAGUCGGGUUUCAGGAGAGACGGCUGCAGUACAUGGAGAAAGAACAGAUAAUCCUCUGGACUAGGCAGCGGAUGGGGGAACGCAUUUUGGAGACCGAUGUCCCACUAUCUUACGGCGUGUACGACGUCGUCAACUGUUCUUCGAGGAUCAACUGCUGCGAGCUCUUGUGGGACCCCACGAAGGAGACGGGCGUCUUUGUGAGAGUGAACUGCAUAAGCACUGAGUUCACGCCCAAGAAGCACGGAGGGGAGAAAGGAGUUCCCUUCCGCAUCAUCAUCGAGACGUUCUCGCACGGGGAUGGGCAUCCGCAGAAGUUGCACGCUGCUUCCUGCCAGGUCAAGGUGUUCAAGCCCAAGGGAGCGGACAGGAAACACAAGACGGACCGGGAGAAGAUGAUGAAACGACCCCAAUCUGAGCAGGAAAAGCACCAGCCUUCUUACGACUGCACAGUUUUCACUGAGUGCACCGCAGAAGUUGCAUUCGGUCCGGCAAUCUCGCCUCCACCCGUGGUGACUGCGGUGUCCGGGCCUUCCGUUUCCUCGACGGGGUCACAGCAGUCCCUGAGCAGCACCACGUCCACCACGACGGUGGUCGCCGCGACUACGGGGCAUCGUUUGUCCACCGGCACGCCGCCCCCUCUGCCUCCGCCCCUGCCGUCGGUGAGCGGCGGGCGCCCCUCCAGCUACUCCCCCCAGACCAACGACAGCACUUACGGGGCAGUGUCCAUUCACGAACAGAACCCUGGCACCCCAGGCAGCUCAACCAGCGAUGUGCUGGAAGUGUCGGAUGCCUCACUUUCUUCACCGCAAACCUUUGCGGUCUCUUCGGGGUCCCUGCUGUCGUCCGAGGCCAGUGCGACGGAGACGUCUCAGUGGCUGCACCAGAACCGUUUUGGUCCUUUUGCACAAACUUUCAACAGCUUCUCCGGUGUGGAUGUUUUGCGCUUGACACGUGACGAUCUCAUCCAAAUCUGUGGCUUAGCAGAUGGGAUUAGACUCUACAACGCCCUGCAUUCGAGGGCAGUUCGACCAAGGCUGACUCUGUACAUUUGCCUGGCUCACGAACAUGGUGGUGACAGCAGUGAUAGAGUGUUCCGAGCCGUGUACUUGGAGAACCUUACGGUGAUGGAUCUCCUAAGCAGGCUCGCAAGUGUCUGCAACUUGUCGCCUUUUUCGGUGCAUGAAGUCUACGUCAGUGGGCCCACGGGAAUUCAUAUCUUGGUCACAGACGAGGUGGUGAGGAACAUGAAUGAUGAGUCCAUGUACAUUUUGGAACUGUUAAGAGCAGGCCAAGAAGAGGAAGGUUACAGCCUCUUGCUUAAACUCUACGUGAACAGUCGGUCGUGAGGGUCCAGUUCUUUCUCACUGUGUUCUCAUCUUUCUCGAACCAUUUACACCUGCGUGCAGCUGCCACCUGUUCUUUCCUCAAGACUGUACCUGAUGGGCAAACCUUACACUUCUUCAUUCCAUCCAUUCUCGUUGGCAACUGCCGCUGUUUUAUCACAUUCACGUGUCAUACGCAUACAAAAUGUGAAUCGCUGCACUUAUUAGACUGCACUUUGCACACACACACGCUGGUAGCAAGUUGGGGAGUGCUGUUUCUUAUUGGAGAACUCUGAAACCCAUUCUUUGAAAGUCGGCUACACUCCAAACACAGAGCUUCACCACAUAGCACGCUGUGCGCCAACCAUUGCCACGAAUGAUAGGAUUAUCGCUUCCGAUUCGAGGAGAGAAGGGGGCGUACGCCUUUUUGUGGCAAUUGAGAUACAUGAAAAUUGCAACAAAAAGGCGUACCCCCCCCCCCCCCCCCCGAUUCGAGGAGAGAAGGGGGCGUACGCCUUUGGCAAUUUGGAUAUAAGAAAAUCGCCACAAAAAGGCGUACGUCCCCCGCUCUAUUCGAAUCGGAAGUGAUAACCCUAUCAUUCUUCGCAAUGGUUGGCGCACAGCGUGCCAUGAGGUGGCGCUCUGUUUUUAGAGUGUAUUCUGAAGCCAAUAGCAUUACAUAAUAUAAUAUGAUAAUACCAGUAAUGUGAUAAUAUAUGCUCAUGGGAAUAAUGAGCUAGCAGCGCAGUAAUAAAUGUUCUUUUUACGCAACUUCUUGUUCUUUUUUUCUCUUUAGCCCGCUGAAAUCGGUGUGGCCCGCAUUACCAAAAUGUACCGCGUAAAUGUGUAAAACGUGCCUUUUAUGGUCAAUAGGUGCAGCGAAGUAGGUAUACGGGAUUCCGACACUCUGUAAAAUUAAUAUUUUUACGGCCAUAUGGCCAGUGGCUUUUCGGCAAAUGUCUAAUCUUGGGCUAUACAUGUGUUGGUGUGAUGCGAUUUGUUAAUGGGAGAUCUCUAAGACUACGAGACUAUUGAUUAAAGCUGACUCGUUGCUUUUAUGUGCUCUGUUUCUGUCGUAUAGAGUUUUUAAUAUAUAUAGCAUUUCGUGUAAUGUAUAGCUGCAUUUUAUUUAGCGUUUGCUUUGCGGGACACUUGAGUCAGACCAACAAAAGCCUGUUUGUCAGAGUGUCAGGGAAGCGUUACAUUCAUAACCAAGAUUUGUUUUGUCCUCAUUAGAAACACGAUCAACCAGUCACGCUAGUUAGGUUGUUAGGAUUCUCUUCAGGCUUUUGUUAUCGAUGCUUUCACGUGCAUGUGUUGUGCAGACCACAUUGUUGCCUUCACUUUUGCAUUAUGUUAUGUAUACCAUGCUUACCAGGUGUCAAAAUGUAUGUCAAAGAUGUCUCUCCUACCUAAAGGAGUGUGGAAGAACUGGAAAAAGCUGCUUCCAUCGGCUGCCAGUCUGCAACAUGAUGUCUUCUGCCCACUAUAGUGAGGCACACUCCUUUUUUUUUCUUUGUAUUUUUGCAGUUUGUCUCGUUAAAAGCAAAUUCUCGGCAGCCAAUAAAAAGUGCUCCGAUCAACUCACAUGCAACAUGCAAGGAGCAGCUUGUGGGGGGCGGCGGACUGCUGCUGCUGCAUGUUCUUGUAAUUUUCUCAGGAAAUUCAUAUGUACUUCUUAAAAAGCAAUUAUUUUGCAUGACUGUUCCUGAACGUAAUAUGUCAUGCGAUAGAAGACGCCAUAUAUUUUGAAGUGCCCUCCACGCUCUUUUACGAAGAUAACCUUGUUUUUAAAAAGCAACUGAAGUGGGAUUUGUCACAUUUAGUAUGUCUGUGUGUGUGUCUAGGAGACGUGGGCCUCAGCAGCAUUUUAGUCAUUUCUUAGAUAAUAACAUUGUUGCCAUUGACCAUGUUUAUAUGUGGGGUGGUUUGUUGUAUAAGAUAUUUUGGUAGAAGGAUCAACGUGUUUAGCAUUUGUGCAUAAGUAUUGCAAGCAUUGUGCAAAGUGUUCAGCAUCGUUGAAUGUGCAUAAAUGUUUAUGACAGCGUGCAUGCUGCAGAGGUUGCGGUAUAGUACACCGAAACACUCUUCACACAAAACUUGAUUAUAGCAUUCUUUAUAAAUGUAAUCUCUUCUCUGCAUAAAUAUUGUGUUUUUUGCAACCAAGAUGUUUUUUUUUUUUCUUUUCUGAUAUUCUAGGUGGAACUAAUAAUGUGUAGGAUCUGACUUUCUUAGGUCAGGUGCCCUUCACAAAUUUUGGGGUAAAAGUCGUGUGCUGUUCUGUAAUCUGUGGCAAUACAUAUGCAUUUAAGUGUUGUCAGGUGAAAGUAAAAGGAGCUUGCGGUUUAUUGCACCGGGUCACGUUGUCAAUGUGCACGCAAAUGCACUUGACAAUGUAACUGUGUGCCGCGCGAUUGCCAGGUGUGUUGUCACACGGUAUUUUUGUAUUUUUAAGGCUCCCUUCUUAGGCCUAAAAAAAAUGCACCGUACUUUGUUGGAAGCCCCUUGGUAUACUGUACCAUUGACAUACGCGCACCUCUUGAUUUCCAUUGAAGUGGGCUAACCACUACGCUACGCUGACAUCUGCUGCGCUGGCACUGCGUGGUGUAGUGGUUAGUUGACUUCACUGGAAACCGAGAGGUGCGUGAUUCGAUUCCUGUCGUCGUCUGGCUUUUUCGACGACUGCCAUAUUUCAAUUUUUCACGUUCUUAAGCACCUUGAGGCUUGUGUUUGUUCGUUUGUUUGUCUUGUUGUGUGUUUCUGCCUCAGAACAGUUACUUUCUAACUGGUAACCAUGAUGCACAACUGCUAGCAACAUUAAUUUGCUUUCAUUCAAUCAGUUAGAGUGCAGUGUCGUUUUAAAAAUUUUUUUGCAUGUUACCUGGGACACCCUGAAUAGUGUUGGACAAUGAUAGUAAAAGCCGUUGUUACUGCAUCAGGAGCUCAUAUGUUACGGGGGUGCUACGAACUAAUAUAAAAUAUGGAGCACUGGAGUUGUAAAGACUAGAAUUUUAGCUGGGGAAGGGUUGUGUUUGACCCAUAUUAUAUAAAUAUUUAUGGGAGGGAUGGAUUGGUUGGAACCAGGGUUUUACCAGAGCAAGCUUGAGAUAAUUGCGUGCUUUUUGCCGUAUCGAAGGGAUUUUUGGAGCCAGAACAUAUUUCCAUUUGUCAGUUUAGCCAAGCCUGGUGACUCUUUCACUGUUGACACAUUUUGUGUGUUCAAGCCUGGACUUUAUGGCACUACCGUGACAAAACAACGGCAAGCCCGUCAGACACAAUUCUAUUUGGCACCAGCACACGUGUUCAUGCCCAGCCCAAUAGCCUCCUCUUUAUCCACCGCAAAAGUACUUUAAAGUCAAUCAAUUUAUAUAUACUCCCAAAAACCCCCGGGGAGGGCGUCGACACUAAACAAGGGAGUGUGAACGGCGAUUAAGAAGUUUAAGAUUAGUUUAGAUGGCCUAGCCCGUUCCCAAUUGUCACGCCGACUGUGAUGACAAUGCACAAACACAUGGACAAAGAAAUGUGCCUUUUUUUUUUCUUCUCUCGCAUGGAAUGGAUCUGGGGUUCUCUGAAUGUAAUGUAUCCUGAUAUGAUGGGCCAGAAGUUUUCACCAAUCUGAAGCAACGCGCAUGAGCGACAACCUAGACAUUGACGGGGUGUCUGCCAAAUUGCAGCUUUCAAAUUCCCAGACUUUUCCAGGUUUUCAUCGACUCUUUCAGGCGAAUGCUUUGACGAAAACAAAAGGGAACUUCGUGCCCGCUCCUACAUUUUAAUGAAGAUCUCUCGUAAGUGAGGCUUCCCCAUCUUUCUGCCUCAAAGCCUGUUGUAUUGGUGAACCAAUGGCAACGUUAUGGCAACGUUGCUGCAGCAUCGCCGCUCAACCAUCAUCGAACAGCACUCGCGAAUCACAGCGCAUUGGCACGGCACUUGUUUGCGAUUUUUUUCCCAGACUUCAGCUGCUUUCUGGCGAAAUAUCCUGACAGUGCCCAGUUUUCCAGGUUGGUAGACGCCCUGAUUGAAUGUCGAUGGGCAACAAGAAGUGGCGUCGUGACAGGAGUGGAUUGCAUCCUUGCGAGGGGCUGCACCGUGGGACUGUGUCGCCAUGUCGUCGUUUGAGAUGGAAGUACACUGUGAAAUGUGGAAUAAUCUGUUCACAUCUUUUUCCUGUGCUUAAUUAUGAAAAUGGGAUCACAUACUAAACUGCAUGCGAGUGCUGGAAGCCGUGUUAACAGUAUGGAGACUACAGAUUUUUUUCACCUCUUUAUCUUCACUUAUGAGUUAUGGUUUCACAACCGAAAUCACUUGAUCUCUUCUGCAGCUUUAACUGGUGUCUUACAAAUGACAAUUUAACAAUGUAAUAUAAGAAUUUGUAUUUGUUACAUUUUUGUAAAACCAUGAAACAAUGUCACAUGUGCACCUUUUGACUUUUUUUUUUUUUUUCCUUUAUGCAAGCUUUUACGCAACAGUGUUGAAAAAAAAUUGGAAUAUGUAUCUGUGUUUUUGCAGAUCUGCUGAUGUACCAAACAGAAUUAACGUACAAGUCAAACACAGAAAAGUCAUUUGUUGCAGUACCACGUUGUUCAUGAAUGCAGUGUUAUUUCUUCACUUUGGGGAACAGUUCAUUUGCAGUACAUAUUUGUAUAAAUGCAAAAUGAGGACUUGAAAGCUUUCUUGUUCGAUUGUUUUUUCCAUUAGCGCCAGAUCAUAGCUCUGCUCCAUCCUAUUUGAAACGUGUUUUCAAAUCGUCACCUCUUAGUGUUAUAUUUUUAGAAAGAUGUUUUUUGUUGCAUUGAACGUCACUACGAACUGGAGUAACGUCAUCCCAUUCGAGACUUGUAAAUAAUAAAUGCCAUUAUUUUCCCACUACA